AUGCGGGGCGUAGUUAUGUCAAUAAUGCUGAUCGUCGAUGUGUGUGGCAAGGCGGUGCCGAGUAUCGGCCAUGCUCCGUGGAAUGGCCUUCAUCUGGCUGAUAUCGUCAUGCCUGGAUUCAUAUUCAUCGACACUCUGACUGUCGGCUUGGACCUCUACACUUUCCGAGCCCCUGGUAUACUACAGCGCAUAGCUGUCUGCUAUGCAGCUGCUGUGCUCCUUGCCAAGCUCGUCAGCGAUCUUUCACCCAAUGAUACCGUCAAGGGUGCGCUGAAGAACAACAGUCGAGUUUUAGUCGUGGGCUUGCUAUGUAUCGUCAUCAACUGGGCUAUAAUGCUCCUCGGACCUCAACCUAAGGGGUGCCCUAGAGGUUCCUUGACGCCUCAAUGUAACGUCGCUAGCAACAUCGACAGGAUGGUCUUUGGUCCUGAGCACAUGUACAAUCCUCUAUGGGAUCCGGAGGGCCUGCUCAGCACACUCCCUUCCUUGGCAACCGUAGCCCUUGGCCUUGCUUGUGGGAAGUUCAUUCAGUCGAGACCCUCCCACACCGAGCUUCUACGGCUCGUCGGGUGUGGCCUACUCCUUGACCUCUGCGGUAUGGGUCUUGGUAUUGUCAUUCCUGUAAGUAAGGUAUUGUGGACGCCGUCAUACUGCCUGCUAACGGGCGGAAUCUGUGUGGCUUUCCUGGGUAUCGUUUCCUCACGAGUUGGUGGAAAUGUGGUAUUGGCUCCCUUCAAAUGGCUAGGUAUGAAUGCCAUAUCAUUCUUCUGUUUGAGUGACUGUAGUGGCUUGUUCUCGUGUCUGCUUGGAAGCAUCUACGUCGCUGAUCCUACAACCGGAAAUGUAUUGUAUGUGCUGACCAAGGGAUAUACUCAAGCGCCCGUCAUGCUCACUUACGCCCUCCUGCAAUUGGGUCUUUGGAUGUGGAUCUGCAGAUGGCUUUCUAUGCAAGGGAUUUUUGUAACCAUCUAA